AUGUAUUCCCCGUCGUCGAUAUUUCAACCCUUCAGGGCACUGGGUCUUGCCUCAACAAAUGUUCCCUUUGUUGUUAAAUAUAAACCCCAUGCAAAGGAAUAUAACAUUUUAGUCCCUAUUGGGGAACGCUUUAAUGUUUACCAGUUGCCAAAUCUGAAGCUCGUCGGAAUAAGUGAUUGUUUGCCAGGAGACAUUGCGGCAAUUACCUCAGACAAACAUUUUGUGUAUGGGGCCGUCGAGAACACCAUCUACGCUUUUCGAGGUCUUCGACAUGUUGCCUUUAAAUUGGAAGGCCAUUCAUCACCGAUCUCGCAUUUGCUGGCAUUCGGUGAUGACUACCUAGCCUCCUACGACGAAUCAAGCCUUUUUAUUGUUUGGAAUCUCAAGACUAAGGGAAAAUGCUUUGGUAAAGCCUUCCCUGAAGAUACCUUCUGUAUUUCCGCUAUAUGCCACCCAUCAGGCUAUGGCGACAAACUUCUGCUUGGCAGUUCGCAGGGCCCACUGCAAUUGUGGAAGACGUCGUCCCAGAAACCCAUCUACUGGUUCAAGGGUUUCGGUUCAUCUGUCACGUGCAUUGUACAGACGCCAGCGGUUGAUGUUUGUGCCAUUGGAUUGGGUAAUGGUCAAGUUGUCUUGCACAACUUGCGCUAUGACAUGUCUCUUGUCAGCGUUGCUCAAGAUGGCGGAGCAAUUACUUCGAUCGAAUUUCGAUCUGAUUCCUCGGGUAUAACCACUUCCGAUGUUCUCAAAAGCGCUGGAAUUGAGAGUUUGGUUGAACCCACGGCCAACAUCUACCUCUUGACUGGCUCGGAGUCAGGCCACCUGUCCAUGUGGCAGUUGGAAAACAGCGAAGAAAGCGGCGGAACGUGUCGAGCUGUGAACCAGGUCGAGGAGUUCCACCUCGCGCGCAUCACCAGCAUGUUCUGCAUCCCCUCUGGCGACGCUGCCGGCGCACUUGUCACCAACGGCGCUGACAACUGUGUCAAGGUGUCGUACUUCGAUCGACCGGAUGGUGGUCCGAGGACCGGACACAUACGAAGCGGUCACCAGUUGCCGCCCACGAAAAUCGCUUUCUGGACAGGUGGUUCCGCGGGUGGCAAUCUCUUAGUUUCAUCUGGACCCGAUUCUCAGCUUCGGAUCUUCUCAACGUACAACGAGCGUUAUGACAAGAACCUCGGACGGGCCUACGCACCUGGAAUGCCCUCGGCGAAGAAGCUCAAAGUCGUCGAUCGCAUUCCCUGGCUCCUUCCUGGAGCUUCCGCCUUGGCUGUCUCCCCGGGUCGUGCUCACGACUGGGACUCGCUGGCUGUUGUCCAUAGCAACCGACGGGAAGUCACAACAUGGAAUUUCAUCAAGGCCACCCGUGGGAAACACUGGCUUGACCCGAAGAAAUUUCACGGUCGGGGUGGUGAGGCCUUACGAAUCCACAAGAAAACCAUCGCUACGUGCCUGUGCAUGACGCGAUGUGGCAACUUUGUAGUGAUUGGAUACUCUAGUGGAGAUAUCAUUAAGUUCAACAUUCAGUCAGGACUUGAAUAUGGAGCGUUUGGCGACGAAACCGCCCACAACUCAGCCGUCGUCGGCGUCCACGUAACAAAUGUCAACCGACUUCUGACCAGUGUUGGUGAGGCUGAAGUCAAAUUCUGGAAUUUCGCGUCACGAGAACUCAUAUCGGAGGCCCUCACACUGCCAUCUCCACCGCGUCUUUCCAGAUUCCACGAGGACGGUGAUAUGUUGGCUAUCGCACUCUCGAUUGGAGAAAUCAUCCUGAUCAAUGUACUAACUCGGCGGAUAUUUCGACGCUUCUCUAAUCCACCGACACACCCGUGUACCGACCUAACACUGUCCUCUGAUGGCACGCUAAUGGUCACGGCCCAUCGCGGUGAUCCACUCAUCAAAUCUUGGGACGUCGUCGACUGCAGACUGGUUGAUUGCUUUCGAGUGGUGCAUCCAGUCACGUCACUGGCGCUCUCUCCGUCCGACGACGUGCUUGCUACGACGCACGCUUCCUGUCUCGGCGUUUACCUGUGGUCCAACAAAGCGGUCUACCAGAAGCUCCACUUGAAGCCUCUCCCGUCAGAAUACGCGCCUCCUCUCGAACCCUCCUCCACUGCCUCCCUUCCCACCGAGUCCCUAACUGCGCCCAGACAGUUUGACGACGCCGAAGACAUAUACACCGGCGCUGGCGAAGAGGCGGCUCCCGCCAACUACGUAUCGCCCGACCAGCUGCAGGAUGGACUAAUGACGCUCUCCGGUCUGCCUGCGUCCUACUUCUCGGCUUUUCUCCAAUUGGACGCCAUAAAGAAACGAAACGCCGAGGCCAUCCGCGUUGUCGACGAGGCGCCCGUAGAGUUGCCGUUUUUCCUCCCCGCCAUCGAGUCAACCACGGGAAUGGUUUGGCUAGAUGAAGACGACGACCUCGGCACUGCGACGAAAACCGAACCGAAGAAACGCAAGCGCGCCGGUGGCAAGCAGGUGUCUCUGGACGAGAUAUUGCUCGGUGGUGGGAGCAACAUUCUCACCUCCGUCAUCGGAGACGGGAAUUCGUUGGACUUGUUGAAUGAUGAUACAUGUGAUGAGGUGAUGUCGCGCUACCGCAGCCUCAAUCCGAGCGCCCUGGACGCCGAAAUUCGUCUGCUGGUGUUGCCUCGCGACGAGCUGGUGGAUGCCCUAGACGCGGUGGACGACAACAACGUCGCCGUCAUCGCAGUCAACCCCUACGCCCGCCUCUCCGCCUUCCUCACCCUCCUCCUUAAUCGGUUCCGCCGAAAUCUGGACGUUGACUUCGCGACGGCGUGUCUGGAGAGCGUGCUUCGUUACCAUGGCGACGUAAUAGUGCGACCUCCGAAAGCUCCCGCCGCCGCCGCCACCACCGUGGAAAGCGACUUUGGCGGUGAUGACUUGGGCAUGUUCGUUGCCAAGGCAACCAUGGGCGGAUAUAGCAACGUGGAUGCCACUCGUCCGCUGGCGCUGGUGGAAGCGGUCCUGGCGGCCAAGGGUGUGGCACACGAGACCCUCUUUUCUCAAAUUACGCGGUCGAUUGCACUCAUUGAUUUCAUUCGCAACGCUACAAAUACUCUGCAAAUGUAA